AUGCUCUUUCCUCCGGUCAACCGCUCAUUCCCGAACCCCCCUGGGCUGCGCAAAGCCAACUGUUUCAAUCUUAUGAAGAAGCCGGAGAUGCUCCUUCUUCAACGCCUCGAAAUCAUCGUCCAACUGCUUGUGCCAUGGAUAGAGAACAAAGACUUGGAAUGCCAGGGCAGACGAGGCCACGGCGAAGUUGGUCAGGGAUAUUCCUCGGGUGAUGAUCAUGGCGGCAAGGGUGAUAAUGUUGCACGCUUGCGCUUUGCCAGUCAGCUUUUGCGGACGAGUACAAAGGAUGGGAGUUUGGUUUAUACUGCGUCGUUCGCCUUUUUCGAAGCCCUUUGGGAGGCCGGGGUCAGUCAUGUCUUCGUCAACCUAGGAUCGGACCACCCCUCCAUCCUCGAGGCCAUGGUCAAGGGCCAGAAAGAGAAGAGAGAUGCGUUUCCCAAGAUUAUCACCUGUCCCAACGAGAUGGUCGCCCUCUCCAUGGCCGAUGGCUACGCUCGUUUGACCGGAAAACCGCAGUGUGUUAUUGUUCACGUCGACGUUGGGACGCAGGGGUUAGCAGCAGCAGUUCACAAUGCCUCGUGUGGCCGGACGCCAGUAUUGAUCUUUGCGGGGCUCUCGCCGUUCACUAUUGAGGGGGAGAUGCGCGGUUCCCGCACAGAAUACAUCCAUUGGAUCCAGGACGUUCCUGAUCAGAAGCAGAUCCUUUCGCAAUACUGUCGCUAUGCUGGGGAAAUCAAGUCGGGGAAGAAUAUUAAGCAGAUGGUCAACCGGGCGCUACAAUUCGCGACGAGCGAUCCUAUGGGUCCGGUAUACUUGGUGGGUGCACGUGAGGUAAUGGAGGAGGAAAUUGAGCCGUACCAGCUUAACCAGCAUGUUUGGGGCUCUGUGGCUCCUUCUGCUCUGCCAGCUGAAGGUGUGCAACUGAUCGCAUCGGAGCUGGCUGCCGCAAAGGAACCAUUAGCCAUUGUCGGUUAUUCGGGUCGACAUGCCAGGGGAGUGACUGAAUUGGUCAAACUGGCGGACACUUUCAAGGGCCUGCGUGUUCUUGAUACGGGUGGUUGCGAUAUGUGCUUCCCCGGGGACCAUCCCGCGUCAUUGGGAUUACGUUAUGGUAUCCAUGAUGCCAUCAAAACGGCGGAUUUCAUCUUGGUCGCGGAUUGUGAUGUGCCUUGGAUCCCAACUCAGUGCAAGCCGUUGGAAUCGACCAAGAUUAUCCAUGUCGAUGUUGAUCCGCUUAAGCAGCAGAUUCCCGUCUUCUACCUCCCAUCUAUGGCCACGUUCCGCGCAGAGUCGGCCACUGCCUUCAAGCAAAUCAACGAAUACGUCGCGUCCAACGAUUCCUUGAAGCAAUUUUCCAGCUCUUCAGAGAAUACUGAGUUUGGCAAGCGCCGAGAAGAGGCAUUCCAGAAGACUCGACAAAGCGUCGCGCAACUGGCUUCCGUCCCUGAUGGCGGAGAUGGUGCCCCGCUGAACGUAUCCUAUCUCAUAUCCCAAGUGCGGACCGGAUGCCCAAUCGACACAAUCUGGGCCAUCGAAGCAGUGACUCUGAGCGGAUUUGUUUCUGAUCAGAUUGCCGCAACACUCCCCAAAUCCUGGCUCAACUGCGGCGGCGGGGGUCUUGGUUGGUCCGGUGGUGGUGCACUGGGCAUUAAGUUGGCAUCAGACCUAGAAAAUGGCGGCACAAACAAGGGCAAAUUCGUCUGCCAGAUCGUUGGUGACGGAACCUUCCUCUUCUCCGUCCCGGGGUCCGUCUAUUGGAUCUCCCGCCGCUACAACAUCCCCAUCCUGACCAUUGUCCUUAACAACAAGGGUUGGAACGCUCCUCGGAGAAGUAUGCUGCUCGUUCACCCCGAGGGCGACGGUUCGCGCGCUACCAACGAGGAGCUGAAUAUCUCAUUUGCUCCGACGCCCGACUACGCAGGUAUCGCACGGGCUGCUUCUGGUGGGGAUAUCUGGGCUGGCCGUGCUGCUACUGUUGCUGAUCUCGGGCGGUUGUUGCCGGAGGCUAUUAAGAGUGUGCAAAGCGGGACCACGGCUGUCUUGGAGGCGCAGCUUGACGGAACGGCGGGUAAGUAUGUUGAGAAGUAG